AUGCCAAUCCAUCAAAAAGAAUUCUCAACCCCACCACCCCAUCCACCAGUGGGUACACCCCGUGAUUCACCAUCCGCACUGCCCUGGUACUCCAUCGCGCCGGGGGUAUGGGAAUUCCUAUUAAAUGGCGACGAAGAACACAAAGCUGCGCUGCAAUGGUGGGAGCCGAAUACCACCUCUGUGCAGUCAGAGCCAAUAACACAUACCUACAUCGAAGAGGUCUGCACUCUGCGCGGCGGGUUGGAAGAUCUUACGCUCGGACAGUCGUGGGGUAUCGGUGCUUAUGCCUACCGGGAUCCUGGGAUGGAGCAUGGUCCGUAUCGGGCGACGAAGGAAGGAUGUCUUCAGUUUGUUAAGGUCGUGCCGGUCAAGAAGUAA